AGGCGGAAGCGCGCGCGGUGCGGUGGGGCAAGAUGGCGGCCGCCGGGCGGCUGCGAGUCCUGCUGUGGUUGGCGCUGGUGGCCGGCGCGGCCGCGCUGGGGAAGCGGAGCUCGGUGAAGGUGCUGUCGGACGGCAUGUGGCGGGAGCUGCUGCAGGGCGAGUGGAUGGUGGAGUUCUAUGCCCCGUGGUGUCCCGCCUGCCAGAACCUGCAGCCCGAGUGGGAGAAGUUUGCCGAGUGGGGCGAGGACCUGGAAGUGAACAUUGCCAAAGUGGAUGUCACGGAGCAGCCGGGAUUAAGUGGACGAUUUAUCAUAACAGCUCUUCCUACCAUCUAUCACUGUAAAGAUGGAGAGUUCAGGAGAUACCAGGGUGCAAGAACUAAAAGUGAUUUCAUAAAUUUCAUCAGCGACCAGGAAUGGAAAUCUAUUGAACCGGUUUCAUCAUGGUUUGGUCCUUCUUCUUUCCUGAUGAGCAGUAUGUCAGCUUUGUUUCAGUUGUCAAUGUGGAUUAGGCACUGCCAUGGUUAUUUAACAGAAAAUGUCGGAAUACCGGUCUGGGGCUCAUAUGCUGUUUUUGCAUUGGCAACUCUAUUCUCGGGUCUGAUACUGGGACUUAUAAUGGUGUUCUUAGCAGACUGUAUCUGUCCAUCCAAAAGGCACAGACCGCCACAGUACCCUUAUUCAAGAAAGCUAGCUCCAGAGUCAGCUCAGCUGCUGAAAAAGCUGGAUGAAGAGCAAGAAGCAGAUGAGGAAGACGUCUCAGAUGAUGAAACGGAGGGUAAAGAGGUGUCCAAUGGAAACUCGUCACCGAACACUGUGAGGCAGCGCCCAGUGAAUCCUGCUGCUGCAGUGGAUAAAUCUUAGCUUUAUUUGCAUGCAGGAUUAGUGUUUAAGUCACCAGCUCAAAAGGAGAUAAGUGUCAAAUCCUUCAGCUUCAAGAGAAGAAUGACUCCUGUCAUGGUAAUAUUGAUGCAUUUCAUGAAUUCAGAAAAAAAUAAAAGAAAGCAUCUUUGGCAUCGGGUAUUCAAAACUAAAACAUGCUGUUGCAAAUGGCUGGAACUUCUCCUGUCUGUGUGCAGAGAAGUGCCAAGAAAUAAUUUACGUGGCUUCUUGAACGACUUGUUCUGUAGGGAUUUUUUUUUUUUUUUUAACAGAGUGUAAACCGGUGUACUUGUUGCGUUAGGGAACAUUAGCAAGGAAAAUGCACUAACCUGUUUGCUGUUAAAGCAUUCAGAAGGGUUCCUCAGUAUAAAUCUAUCUAGUUGUGCUCUGAAGAAAUGCUGAGGGGGAAAAAGUUCCUUCACUUAUGGGACAUAUUCCAGGCUUUUUAUGUGACAAAAACUGUGUUCUGCUGUGACAAUGAGUGCUACAAACCCCCCCAGUCUUUCUUCCGAAGAGAUUAAGGUUGCUGUCUUCAUUUAGAGGAACAGAAAUUGCCCUCUGAACAAAAGCUAGAGAGCUUAUCUUUGCUGUCCUCCCAGGUGGAAGAUACUACAAGCGCUCUGUGUAGCGUGGGUUCUCUGGCUGACCAGAAACCUAUUUACAUCGAUUUCUUUUAGAAAAGGCUGUAGAAAGCUAUAUGAGCUUCUUGGUGAAGUAAUUCUCUAGAAAAAAAUUACAAGUAGGACCGUGAAGUCUUGUUUGUCUCAAUGACUCCGAUUCAGAUGGGAAUAGUUUACACGCAGGGUUCUCUGCUGAGUGCAAAUCCCUUCAUCCUGCCGGAUGGCAGUAGAACUCUGCUUAUUUUUAAUACAUCAUCAGUAAUUUCUGUUUAAUCAAAUUUUACUGCAAAUCUAAUCAGGCUGUACCUGGUCUGAAGUUGAAAUAACUGCUUCUUAAUUUCUUUUACAGAAAGUCAUCUUUUCUGUUUUCACAAAACCAUCCUGAAACAAUUUACCCUAGUUCUUUCUUUAAAAAACCUGUAGUCUACUGUUUUCUGUACGGUAUUUGUUUUCACUCUGUAGAAAUAAAAAGAAUGCGCAUGCACAUCGGGCCAGUGUUAUCUUGCAUCGCUUGUGAAGAAUUUUCCAUAUUCUUUCAGUUAAUUUCCAAAGUAUUUGCAAGGGAAGGGUUAGCCUAAUGCUGAGCACGCUUAGGUUUUUGGACAAGCCUGUUCUUGCUGGAUUUUUUGUUUUAUUUUUUGUUCUUAAGUUUGGUUUGUUUUUUUUUUCAUUUUUCAUUGGAGUGGGUUUGCAGGACUGGCAGUUGAUAAAUCUGUGUCAAUAGUACACUUGGUUGUGAGUAAUUAAGAUUGUAAACAUAGAAACGCUCUUGACAUAUUCGCUGUUGCCUGGUGCUCUGAAGCCAGACUCUCUUGGUGAUUAUUAAGAAGGCAGAGCAUCAGACGAGGAGCUCGUAAUGAACUCUGUGGGAUAUGAAAGAAAUCUUGGGAGAAACAAAAUUCAGAGCUCUUGCAGGUGAAUUGGCUUCUAAAGCUGUUGAGAAUAGUCCAGGGUUUUUGUCAGUCUUGAACUCUUCUUCCUAAGUAGAUCGUUAUUCAUCCUCCAUGUUAUGAAUGGAAUGAAGUGAUUCAGCUAUCCAAAUAUCUGAGUUCUUCGAUGAGUAAGAAUGAAUUAUUAUGUAAGAUGUCCUGGAACUUCCUACUUUGACAUUUUCUUUCUUUUUCUUUUUUUUUUUUUUUUUAGUUUUUCUGAACACUGGUGCUCUGAAAUGACUUCCAGCUUGAGUGCUAGGUUACGUGUUUAGGAAGAUAAUAACUAAUGCUUGAAAGGGUCCAUUUGGUUAAAAUUGGAGUGUUCCUGUCAUUUUUAAAUAUCAAACAUUUCCUGGUGUUCGAAUGAAGACCGCUGUGUGCCGUAAAUGCCCUUAAGGUGUUGGUCUUGUGGGUUUGCCUUAAAUUCUCUAGAAGUUUAGAUCUUAGCCUUUGUCACUAGUCAAAUAAAGCAAUAAAUCUGUGAUAUACUAAGGAGAACUAGUAGCGCUAGUCUUUGGUAAAUGGUGCAUUUUGUUAGUUUGGAGAGGGCUUGAGAAGACAGUGGACACAAAAAUGCUGGAUGCUGUUAGGGAAAAAUGUUGGAUUGUUUUAAAAGCUGAACCAUAUGGGCUAACUCCACUUGGAAUAUAUUUAAAUGUAGCUGUACUGAAUGCAGGGUUUUCUAAUUUUUCAGUUACUUUAAAACUGUUUGUGCAAUAGAGAAAGUAUAUACUGAUAACUUUUGGCUAACUUUUCAUUUUAAAAGAACAAACAACCUUUUUUUUUUUUUUUCCUUCUUGCUGUACUUUUAGACUCCUGGUUUAACAAGAACUUCUAGCACUGAU